AUGACGCGCUCGACGGAAAGCGACGGGCUGACCGGUUCUGUGCCACUCUUCGUCCCUAUCCUGCCGCCGAAGAUCACGUCGAUCUCCCACGAGGCGUUGGUGAAGUGGCAGCGCGAUCGGCGCUACUACGAGACCAAGCUGUGCUCCCGCUGCCGUAUCUCGGGCGAAGACUACGACAUCGUCGCCGAGUCAAUCAAGCAGGCAUUCGACGAGGAUCUACUGGAGGUUUUCUGCGAGCUCCAGCUGGACACGACCCCCGCCGCUGUAACCGACACCAUUCUCCUGGCAGAGAUUGAGCGCAUUGUCGACAGUGUCAAGAACGACGCGCUGCCGGAUAUCAAGGAGCUGUUCAAGCGCGAGCUGCGCAUGAACAUGCGCGAGAGCGACGUGACCGCCCGAGUGCUGGACUACUUUAUCCUGUUCAACAAGAUCACCAAAGAGAACGGGCUGACGGCGUGCUUCAGCCACGUCAACGGCGUAUGCGAGACGUGCAAGCGACUCGUGUCGCAGCUCAAGCCAGAGGCGCUGAAGAACGAGGUGAAGCAGUGCAUCCGCUUCACGCACGUCCCAGCUGCCACGGACCCGAAGCUGCUGUUCAAGCAGGUCGUCGAGAAGGCGAACGAGCACGAGCGGCAGUUCAUCCGCCUCAAGCAGCAGAAGCGAGAACCCGCGGAACGAGACCAAGCCAAGUCGGAGAAAACCCAGCCAGCCAAGCCGAAGAAAGACUGGAACAACAAACCGCCCGCAAAGUAA